CGGGCCCCAGCGAGGAUGCGCAGAUCAAGGCCAGGAGGCGGCGGCGCCCGCGGCUCCGCGACUGCGCGGGCUGCGAGCUGGGGGCUGGCGGCGGCGGCGGCGGCGGCGAAGUCCCGCUCCUUGCCCGCUGCGGCCGGAGCGGCCUGGCUGCGGGAUCUGUGCGCAGCGAUGGCGCGGCCGCCGGGGCAGAGCCUGGGGGCCUGGGCGCCGUUGCUCUUGCUGCUGCUGGCCGGGCCCGCCGCCUGCAUCGCCAGCCCGGCGGACGACGGCGCGGGCCCGGGGGGCCGAGGACCCCGGGGCCGCGCGCGGGGCAACACAGGCACGGACGAGGCGGUGCCGCGCCACGACUCCUCCUACGGCACCUUCGCCGGGGAGUUCUACGACCUGCGCUACCUGUCCGAGGAGGGUUACCCUUUCCCUACUGCUCCUCCUGUGGAUCCAUUUGCCAAAAUCAAAGUGGAUGACUGUGGACAAACUAAGGGAUGCUUUAGAUAUGGCAAACCGGGCUGUAAUGCAGAGACCUGUGACUAUUUCCUUAGCUACAGGAUAAUAGGGGCUGAUGUGGAAUUUGAGCUGAGUGCAGACACAGAUGGCUGGGUAGCAGUUGGAUUCUCUUCAGACAAGAAAAUGGGUGGUGACGAUGUCAUGGCCUGCGUCCAUGAUGAUAAUGGCAGGGUCCGCAUACAGCAUUUCUAUAAUGUAGGCCAGUGGGCAAAGGAGAUUCAGAGAAAUCCUGCCAGAGAUGAAGAAGGCGUUUUUGAGAACAAUCGAGUCACCUGCAGAUUUAAACGCCCUGUGAACGUUCCCAGAGAGGAAACAAUUGUCGAUCUACAUUUGAGUUGGUAUUAUCUGUUUGCUUGGGGUCCAGCCAUUCAGGGCUCUAUCACCCGACAUGAUAUAGACUCACCACCAACUUCAGAGCGUGUUGUCAGCAUUUACAAGUACGAAGACAUUUUUAUGCCAUCAGCUGCCUAUCAGACCUUCUCCUCUCCAUUUUGUUUGCUUCUCAUUGUUGCCCUGACCUUCUACUUGUUGAUGGGAACCCCUUAAUCACAGCUGCAAAGCCAACAGAUUAAAUGGAUUAGAAAAUCUUUAGUAUAAAUAUAUUUUUAAAGAAUAUUCAGUAUAAUUUUAGCUUCUAUUAUUUAAAAAAAGACUCCUAUGAUUUCAGCUUUUUUGGAAGAAAAAGCAAGCUUCUUUUCUAAUCAAAGAGGAUUGUGUAAUAAUGAUCCCAUACUUUUGGAAAGUACUUAAAAUUUUUCUAAGCACUUUCGAGUAAGUUUUCUUAUUUGAGCUUCACAACAUCUCUGAGUUGGCUUGAUGAAAAUUACUAUUGCCAUCUUACUGAAUGGGAUUUGAGACCCAAGAGGGCUGCCUUUUUGUGACCCACAUGCCCUGUCUCCUUGGCCACUUGGUCAGAUAACACAUAGCAAGGCAGAGAAAGAGCCAGACAUAGAAAUCAUGUCUUUAAACAACCUUUACUCUUCCAACUAUAACUCAGGAGACUUACAUAGAGUAUUAUUACUAAAGCGAACUUCACUGGAUGGCCCUAGUUCACAGACAGCCUUUUGGGCAGAACUUUCAAAUUUCCAUAAAGCUUAAGUGCUUUUGGAUAAUUAACACAGCUGAUGGGGAGAGUGGGGGAGAUUACAAUGAGAUGAAAAUGAUUCGUAUUUAUUUUAAAUUUCCUCUGAUCUAGUGAGUAGGUACGAGAAAACAUUUUUUAUUGCUGUUGGAAAGGUCAGAAACAGAGCUGAGUGUUCCUGAAGAUUUAAAAUUAUGUUAAUGAUAAAAAUAUUGGCACUCUUAGCAAUUAAAAUUUGGACUCUUAUACCACUCUACUUUAUAAAUUAAGGUAUUCACCUGUGGUUACAGCUAAUUCUGUUGUCAGAAUCAGCAUACACUGAGUAUGAUUAAAUAUAUAAUAGACUAAUCAUCUUAAUAAAAAUUUAAGGCAUUUUGGUAAUAAAUCAACAUUUUUGGAGAUUGUAGAGAUUUGGAGUAGAAACUUUUUAAAGAUGAGAUUUUUUAAAUUAGAAAAUGGGAAAUGACCCAUAAAGUGAAUUCACCAUUAUCCAUUGAGACUUGUUCAGACUUGUAAAUUGGAUUUGCAGUCAGCAUAAUUUAUAAUAAUGCUUUGACUUAAUGCAUUUCCGUUUUUCCAAAGGAAUCCAAAGGUUCUUUUGUGUCCAAAUGUCUGUGUUAACAGCCAUUUAGAGGAAAAGAAUCAAUAGAUAUGGUUUUGCUGCUGAGGCAUUUCCACUGAGGAGCUCUGGAGUCCUCUGGCUUCCGGGAGUGGGGGGUGGGGGGGGGCAUUGCUUUAAAGCUGGCUCCAACUUGGUGGUCUGUUUUGAUUAAACAAUACUGGAGACUGUGAUUUCUAAUGCCAUCUUUGGAAUUCAUGUCAGAGGUGAAAAUCCACCUGUAGGGAGAUUUCAGAUUCUUUUGGAACUGAACAAAAGAAAGGAAAAUAUUGAAAUUCUGUGAUGUUGCACAGAUCACCAAGUACAUCAGAGGGACGUAGGAGCUCAUUGGAGAUGGAGAGAGGUUACAUGACAUCAAGUGAGCAAUGGAACUGGGUGGGGUUCAGACUCAAGACACCUGGUUCAAGUCCCUGGUUCCACUUGACUUCCAUUGCUUCAUCACUAAGCCCUCUGAUCCCGGCUGAGGAUGGCCUGUGAAUCGCCUUCUAAGCUAUAGUGGUUGUUUAGUAGUGAAGAUACUAAGUCUGCAGGCACCCACAUUGUAAAUAAGAGAGCAAAUAUUUUUUAUAUUUCAUUCUUUUAUGUGUAUAAUAAUAGUUCCGCUAUAAAUAGGUUAAAACUAAAGAGACUUCAGCUAGUCUCUCUAGCUGGCAGGGAAGGAAUAAAUUAAUGGAUUUUUCUUCUGCUUACAUCUCAAGUCAAGCUAAUUAUUUCACGAAUUGUUUCUGCUUUGAUGACCAGUUUGACCAGUUUUGCACAUUUGUGCUUAGAACGUUCAGUGAUUUCUCAUUGCCAUUAGUGUAAAAUGCAAACCACUUUGAUGACCUCCAAUAUCUAUCAUCUUUUGUCAGCACUCCUCACUUGCUAUGACCUAGCAAGACUGAACUGCCCUCAGUUCUUCAGACCUGCUUUCUCAGCUCUCAUGUGCCCUAUGCCCAAACAUCCUCCACUUCCUGUGCUCACUAAACUCCUGCUCAUCUUUCAGGUCUCAGUUUAAGUAUUCCUUCCUCCAAUCCACUGGAUUAGGUAGGUUUAGGUCCCUGCCAAAUGCUCCCAUAGCAUACUGGGCUUCCCCAUAUGGGCUUCCCCAUCACACUUUACUAUAAUUGCUGGCUCGCCCUCCCUGCUAAUUCCCUAGCAGGGACCAUUUCUUGUAACUCGACAUUGUAACAGACACUACUGCGUGGUAGGUACUCAGUAAUCACUUGUUGAACGAAUAAAGAAAACUGUACUUCUAUGGCAAGUUUGUAUGGUUCGGAAGACUUGUAUUUCAUACGCAUUGUCAGACUGGACGUUUUUGUAUUUUUCCACCUGUGAUCAAACCAUAAGCCAUCCUUUUAGCAAACACUGAAUUUUGUCUUUGGAAACAUAAACAGAAAGGUCAUUAGUAACAGUGCUGUUUUGCCUGCAAGACACAGUUGACGUUUUUAACAAUAAUCAUUGUUCAAAAAUAAGAAUUCACAGACCAAGGAUGCAGGACAGCAUUUAACCAUCAUCUCAGAGAAUCAUGAAUUUAUCAUUAAAACUAUGAAGUAAAAACUCUGUGGACCCCAAUUUCAUUAAUUUUUACCUAAUAUAAGAGAAUCAACUGCUAUUUUAUCUCUGUAUUCCAUUUUCUAGCAUAGUACUUGUUACCGGGGAGAGACAUUACCGGUGUGUUUUUGUAAAAUACCUGAGUAGAAUACUAAUGCUAGCUAUACGUAUCUAGUGCUGUUCUAAGCACUCUACAUGGAUUAACUCAUUUAAUCCUCACAACCACCAUAGGAAGUCAAUUCUAUUAUUAAUCCUAUUUUACAGCUGAAAAAACUGAGGCUAGUCAUUUGGCAUAAAUUACCAGUGCUGGCAAGGACCUUAGAGACUCUUUAAUCCAAUGCACUAACUUUAUAAAGGGCCUAGGGAGGAGAUAUGAUAUCCUACACAUUCAUACCUUAAUGCACAUCCAUUAAGCCUUUUAUUUAAUGGAACCCAUUAUCCACACUCAAAUUAGCCAGGUGUUUGUUUGUUUUUUCCCCCUUUACAAUGAAAAGGACUUUUUAUAAUUCUAGUUGGGGAGAAAGGUAUAUUUUACUUUCUAUCAGCUUUUUCUCUUCUUACAUUUUGUUUCUUUAUUUUACCAGUCAUUUUAAUGCUUUUAAUAGUUUUUUUAAAAUAAUACACAGAUUGAACAAGACUAGAAUGUAUUUGUCUUGGUUAAUUUUUAAAAGUGGCUUGCCUAAAACCCAGGUGUUCUAACAUGGAGUCCAAUGCCCUUUCAUUGCUCCCCUUUGGUUUCAAAGAUGACUUGGUCAACAUGAUUUGAGAUAAAGUGCAGGAGCCAUAUUUAAUUAUCUGAAGUUGGCUUUUGUCAUUAGGAAAACCAGAAAGUUUGGACAACUCAGAGAUGGAUUUCCAUCCCGGAUGGUUUUUACUACUAUUUCUGUAAUUAAGUUUACUAUCUAUAUACAGGAUUUUGUGCUUAAAAGAUAUUGCUCCUGAGGUGGUGUGUCAUUCUUAGUUCUAGCCUAGGGGUCAGCAAAUUUUUUUCUGUAAAGAGACAGAUGGUAAAUAUUUGAGGCUUUGUGGUCUGUGUGUCAGCUGUUCAACUCUGUUGUAGACAAUACAUAAACCAAUGAGCAUGGCUGUGUUCCAAUAAAACUUAAUGGACACUGAAAUUUGAAUUUCAUCUAAUUUUUACAUGUCACAAAUAGUCUUCUUUAGAUUAAGAACAAUCAUUUAAAAAUGUAAAAACCAUUUUUAGCUUGCAGGCCACACAAAAGAGGCAGCAGGUUGGGUUGGGUUUAUGGACCGUGGUUUUUUCACACUUGCUCUCAGCUAAGAGACACACCUAUUUGUCAGGAUCAGUUGUAAAGUACACUGCCAGUAAUGUCUUACUGGUUAAUUGUAAAUAAGUUGAAGUUAGUACUUUGUUCAUAAAAUAAAAUAAAUGAUAGCUGACUUAUUUUUAUCUCGAUAAUGGCAUUUCCACGCACUUGCACUCUAACAUAUUUUCCAGAAUUGAUGCGAAAGAGGUGGCAGUUAAUUCAGAGCUGGGCCAGCAGUUUUGUUUUACCUAAACUGUGGCAGUCGUGACUGACUUUUACUGUUGAAUUGCCCUUCAUGGUGGGGAUUACAGUGUUUCUGAGUAAUCCAUUUCCCUGCAGACAUUUCUUAUUAAAGUUGGAUCAAAAUCUGCUACACCCACAGGAAUGUUUUACACAUGUGACAAUGGCAUCUAUCUUGUGUAUCAUAAUGGAAAAAUGCUGGAGAACCACUGUAAUUGGCCAAAUGCUGAGAUGUGUAUACCUUGUUGUAUAUAAUUGCAUUGUAUGUCUUUGUUCUCUAAACAGAAUGGUUUAUGUUUAGUGAACAGUUUGAGUAUUCUCGGUGUUUGUAUAUAUAUAUUUGUAUAUACACAAUAAGCCUAUAUAUACAUACUAUGACCAUUUGAAGGUCUUUGCCAAGAUUGUUUUUGUUGCUGAUUUCUGGAAUACUUUAAAACCCAAGAGAUAAAACAUUGUGUGUAUUACAGGCAAAGCUACCCUUGAGUUUAUAGCCAUUUCAUUUGUAGAAAGGAUUCCUGGAUCCUGUAUUAAGCCUUGCCGUCUCCAUUCAGCAUUACAUGAAUCGUUUAGAAUGUAUAAAGUAUCAUGGUUGAGUUUUGGACUUUUCUAUACUGCUAGUUAAGAAACCGAGACUAGUAUUAACUGAGUAUAUGGCAUGUUGAUGCAAUUCAUACCCGUUUGUAUUUAAUUAGACUUUUUAUUUAGUUAUUCAAUUAUUUAGUUUCAGGUUGGACUUCUUGGUUUUUAGAUUUAAUAGAAUGGCUUGAGUUCCUGUUCAUGAAAAAUGGGGGCUAUGCUAAAGGCGAUUUUAAAUAGGACUGAAAACUUAAGUGAAUCAUCUAUUUCUGUGGGAUUUUUCACUUAAAAUGGUAUACUGAUAUUUAACUAAUGUUUUCAGUGUUUCCCCCUGGAUAUUUGCUGUUGGGCAAAUUCUCCUGGAGAGUAGAGAGUGAUUCUCUUGGGUUUCGGGGUGCUGCAGGGGUUGUGGCAUUCACCCAGGUCACUCGAGCAGUCACCAUUUCAUCCCAUAGAAUGUCCUGGCCCCCUGGAAGAGUAAAUGCAGCUUCUCCACAUGCCUUAUUCCCACAGAUGCGCUGAGAUGCUGGAUCAACCUGGCUCCAGGAGUAUUAAUAUCCUUUUUUGAGACUGUCUAUAAAAUACUAUUUUGUAAAAACUAUGCCUUUAAAUAGACAUUGAUGGGUUAUAUUUGUUUUAUAAUAAUUGUGUACUUGAUGUUCAAUUGUGAUUGAUUUUGAGAUUUAUGUAUAUUUAUAAGCCUAUCCCCUGUGAAUUUUUACUCUAACAUGUGUGGUUACCUUACUAAUAAACACAUGGAUUUCUAUUUACGUAAAGUCAUUGUAGCAAUAUUCCUAGAUGCUCUCUAAAUGAUUGUUCUACCCAUUUGCCAUCACCGCUACUUUUAUCCUUAGAGGAUUAUGUUACAGUUAGAAUAUAUUAACUAGGACUUUAAGAUAGAAAUUCUCAACAUGGUUUGGAAUUCUUCCUGUUGAUGUAAUUAAAGUUAGUUUAUAAUUCCUUA